UCAAAUGAGUUUUUCCCAUGGUUUUACCUUAACAUCCUCCUCAAAAAUCACUUUCUGCGUGCCAAGAAACCACCUAUUACCAUUUGUUGUCUCACUAAGGACCCUAAAAUCAUCAGCAAUGGACUGAAUAGUGCGAAUGUCGCUGCUUUCAGGCACCACUGACUUGUUGCGCACUUGUUAUUUCCCUAUAGGCUUCCUUCAGUUGACUGCAUGCGUCGCUUUGAAAUGUUUGCUUUUUGUGUCAUAUCCUCUGAUUUCUCUUUAAUCGAGGGAGAAACGAUUUCGAGGGGUUCGCUUUCUUAGAGUUUGGCUUGAAAGAACUGGGAUGUCAAAGUCGCGGUAUGAAAACAUACUUUAAGCAGGGUGAAACUCUCUGGCAGGUGAGAGAGAGAGAGACAGCGUUUCUACAGCACGCGCUUGAAUGCAGAAAUAAGUGAAGGAUUUGAACAUGAUCUCAGCGCAGCACUUGAGAAGCUGCCGGGCACCUGCGCUAUGUGUUCAAAUACUUUACAGUGUUCUCAUACUGUGGACCAAAGAAAUGGACGGACUCUCCGAUUUCUCAAAUUAUCUGUUUAGGAUCAUCAACAGUCAAUCAGCUCAAGCCUGUGAUGGAGAUCUCCUGCUCCUCAGGUGUCCACGACACUCCACCAUAACUAUUCAGUCUGCAUUUUAUGGACAGAGUGCAACCCUUCCCGGGAUCGUGCCAGGAAUGAGAUGCCAAUGGCGUAAUCACAGCUGUUCUGCUACCACAGCGCUGCAGAAAGUGCUCUCUGAAUGCCAGGGUCAUAGAAAUUGCCAGUUUCUGGUUAAUCAUCAAGUCUUUGGCAGAGAUCCUUGUCCUGGAACCCCUAAAUACCUCCAUGUAUCAUACAGGUGUAAACCUACAGAGCACAAGAAGAGAAUAACAUGUGAGGGAGAUCGACUUUUGCUGCACUGCAAGUAUCCAAAAGUGCUGAAUAUCUACUCUGCUGUUUAUGGAAGACAGCUGGAAGAUGAAGACUUGUGCCCAUCAGAGAAACAAGAACCUCCACCAUUUGAAUGUCUUUUUCACGGAGCCGUUGAUGUGGUAUCCAACAUUUGCUAUGGAAAACGGAGGUGUUUGUUUACCGUAGAUGAGGAACAUUUCAAAAACCCCUGCCCUCCUGGAACAAAAAAGUAUAUCACUGUCCUCUAUGCAUGCGUUCCGCAAAGUUUACUCAAGGAGGCUGAUCCCAGCAGUUUCCAAACUACCUCAGUUCCUAACCAGAGCACCAAAAAAGGGGAACACCCAGUUAUCAGAAGUUCAAAGUUUCCAGAGAACAGGAUUAUUGUCAGCAAUUCUUUAAUGGCAUAUGGCUACAUUACAGAGCAUCCAGAGAUGGCAGGACUGCUCUUCACAUCAAGUGUUUGUGUGGGACUUCUGAUUGUUCUAAUAGCUGUUUCAACACAGCUAACCUGCAGUAGACAUCUAAAUGCAACUAGAACAUUCAGAAAGAAGAGUAGAACAACUAAUUUGGAAGAGGAGGAGCCAAUGAACCAGGAUAAUGAUGAAGAGGAGGAAGAGGAGGAUGAGAAAGGGUCACUAAUGGACAGCUCUAACCUGUCAGAGAUUGGCAGGAAGGUGUAUUGCUGGGAAGAUGUGACGUACACCACAGAGGCAGCAGAGCUGAUGGAGAGGAUUGAGCGCAGGGAGCUUGUCAUUCAGGAGAUCAGGAUGAACGCAUACCUCAAUGGAAACACAUGCAUCCUGCAUUCAUACAUGCCGACUAUUACGCAGAAUGUGCAGUAGCUGUAGUUACAACCAAAAGGAGUGAGCAUUUUGAAUGCUUUCUGCUACCAAAACAC